AUGGCAGACUCGUUGGACGUAGGACAACUCAUUCCAGUUUAUCGUCAAGAUUUCAUCUCUGUGUGUGCCUACAGUGCAGCUAUCGCUUUGCUCUUGUAUGAUUUCGGCCUCACCUUCGACCGUGAAGUCCAGUAUAUUUGGAAGUCCAAGCUCUCGCUACCGUCGUUACUCUUCUAUGCCAUCCGUUACAGCACUAUUCUCAAUGCCGUCCCGGAAAUUAUGGAACUCACACACUCGGGAUUAUCACUUACACGGCUGGACAUGGUCUUCAGUAUCCUUCUAUUGUCGGGUGUUGCAAUGUUUUCGGCGACGCGUGUAUAUGCUAUCUAUGCGCGCAAUAAGGCAAUCUACCUACUUGUCUUGACAUUGGGCUUGGUGAACCCUGCCAUCAACAUUUAUCUAUAUUCUCAAUCUGGGCCGUACUUCUUUGUAUAUCAUAUUAUCAUUUAUUCUUCUCUUAGAUGGGCGAUGGGUGCUCGAGGAGCUACCAUCGCAGCCGAUGUCCUCGUAUUGGUAUUGACAUGGGCAAAGGUGGCUGAUAAUCGAAAGGAGACUGCGCGCAUCAGAGCGGAAGCGCCUGUGGCAGCUGUUUUUCUUUCAAAUGGCACCGCCUACUUUGCAAUCCUUCUCAUCCUGAACGUGCUGGGCAUCGCGAUCGGCCAGGACAUAAACUACGUCUACGUGAUGUUCACAUGGGUCAACAUAUUAACAGCUAUCUUGACAUGUCGCUUCAUGCUGGACUUGCGCGAGGCAGCGACCGUGACUGAUCCGACUGGCCUCUCGCAGCUUCACACCAUCGUAUUCCAAAUGCCCGUGCCCACGACUGUGGACUCAAUUACGGGAAUGGACCCAGAGGAAUACGUUGCUAUGGACCGGCCUUUGCCUGACAUUGAGGCAGGAAGUAUCUGCGAGGAAGCGCGUGCUGCAGAUACGGGGACGUGCUCGGAUUCCGACGUGGCACCUUUUCGCAAUGAAGAAGCGCAGUUUCGGUGA